AGAGGAAGAGGAGGAGGUGAAAUGAGACUACAGCUGCAGCUGGGCAGAGAGUCAAGUUGGAAAAAGAACGAGAUGCAGGUCAAGACAUGAAGAUGCGUCUCUCAGAUUUUAAUGGGGGAAACCCUCCCUGCCCCAGAAAACCUGGAGUGUGUUGAAUUGAGUGGCAACGCUGCUGAGUGCCCAGGAAGUUCUGAGGCGCAAAUCUUUGCUUGAAUGGUGCUGCCAGCAUCUGAGACUCCACUGCAAACCUUUCAGUGGAUGUUUCUCAUUUUCCACCAGAAAGGAUGACAUCCUUGCCAGAAAUCCAGAUAGAAGAAAUGCUGGAUAGUACGGAUGAUAAGCCUGAAGGUGGCCCUCCAUUUGAUGAUCAUUUGCGGAAUCUGAAAGCCCUGACAGAGAAACUGAGGCUGGAGACAAGAAGGCCUUCUUAUUUGGAGUGGAAAGCUCAAUUGGAGGGGCUGGCAUGGAACAGCCAUCCCAAACCUCCUGAGGAGGACAUGGGGAGGCAAGAGAAGAAACCAACAGAGGAAAAUAUUUCUUUGCAAGAAGUGCAGGUUCAUAUCAACGGAAACUCUUCCAGACAGCAAAUGUUGCUUGCCCCAGAGAAAAGGUGUGGCUUUGGAAACAUUGAUGAAGCAUUACAUUGGCUCAGGAAAGAGCUGAUGGAAAUGCGUCUCCAGGACCAGCAGCUGGCUCGGCAGCUUAUGCGCCUGCGCAGCGAUAUCAACAAACUCAAGAUUGAGCAGACCUGCCACCUUCACCGGCGGAUGCUGAAUGAUGCCACCUAUGAGCUGGAAGAGAGGGAUGAGCUCUCUGACCUCCUCUGUGAUUGCCCCCUCACAUCCUCCUUCAGCCUCUCCACUCCGCUCAAGCUCAUUGGUGUGACAAAAAUGAACAUCAAUUCCCGUCGCUUCUCACUUUGUUAGGUUGGGGGGAAGGAGCACAGGAAGUGCAUGUGAUGGGAGGUAUCUUCAAGACCUAGAA